GGAGUGCUCAAAUUGGUGUGGCACGUCUGGCGAUCUUGCUGGACAUGAAGCCUUUCAGCCCCAUGGCAUGAGUUUAUUGGUGUGAGUGAUAUGAAGGCCCUCCUCCAUGGUGUGUAUCAAUUGUCGGGUGGCGGAAUGAUUAUAGUGCAUGUGUCGAAGCUAGCCCCAAAUGGAAGAAACCCCUCAUCAUGCACUCCCAGUCGUGAGGGCGAACUCGGACAGCAGCCGCCAUGGGAGAGAAAAAAGCGCCCUUUACGCAGCUCGACCCGUCCCGGCGACAGAUCCGGCUGCUCCAUCUCGAGCCGGACCCGUCGGACCUGCGCGCGACGCUCAUCGUCGUGUCGCUCGACGACGGGCCGCAGUACACGGCUCUGUCGUACGUCUGGGGCACCGAGCUGUGCGACGCCGACGACGGCAUCACGCUGGCCGGGCAGCCGCCGUCCCGCGUGCGCGUCACCCGGAACCUCGCGGUGGCCCUGCGGCACCUCGCUGCGACGACGACGACGACGACGGCGACGACGACGGCCGGGGUCGUCGUCGUCCCGCUCUGGGUGGACGCGCUGUGCAUCGACCAGCGGGACGCGGCCGAAAAGUCGCACCAGAUCACGCUCAUGCGCGACGUCUACGCCGGCGCGGCCGACACGUGCGUCUGGCUCGGCCCGGCCGCGGAGGAUAGCGACGUGGCCAUGGCGGCCGUGGGCGACCUGCACGAGCGGCGCGUGUACGCGCUCCCGGACGGGGCGCUGUCCGAGGCGCAGGUGGCUGCCAUCAACGCGCUGCAGGGGCGGGAGUGGUGGUCGCGCAUCUGGGUGCUGCAGGAGGUCAUGCUGUCGCGCAACCCCAUCAUGACGUGCGGCGGCGCCACGCUCCCCUUUGACGCCUUUGUGCACCUCGACGAUGUGCGGCGCGGCUACGUGCGCCCGGAGCGGCGCUACCUCGGCAACUCCGAGGCCGGGGACCGGCUCGCCAUCCGCGGCAACGCCUUCCGCGCCGUGCUCACCGACUACCCGGACGACAAGCCAAAGGUGGCGGCCGGGGCCGUGCCGCUGUGCGAGUGGACGCCCUCUGUCGACACCUUUGCCGCCACGGACCAGCGCGACAAGAUCUACGGCCUGCUGGGGCUGGCGAGGCCGCAGGACGUGAGCGCCGUGGCGCCUGACUAUUCGCAGAGCGUUGCUCAAGUUUACGCCCGCGCCGCUGCGCUCUUCGUCGCGCAGACGCAGUCCCUCCUCUGGCUGCAGUUCGACCGCGACAACGUCAACCCGGUGCACGAGCUGCCGUCGUGGUGCCCAGACUACUCGUCCGACCCGGCCUGGCCUGGGCGCGGCUACGUGGCCGCCACGGGCGAGGGAUACCGCGCCGGCGGCGCCGUGGACGCGCCGUGCUGGGGCGGCGCUAGCGUGCCAUCAUCCCCGUCCCCGUCCCCGUCUCCUUCCCCGCCGCCGUCGUGGCGCGAGAUGCGCCUGCGCGGCCUGCACGUCGACACGGUCGAGCGCGUCGGCCCGAACCCGUACAUGGCGCCGUACGCGGGCCACGUGCUGGCCGAGCGGGCCGCCAACGUGGCCGCGCGCGCGGCGCAGACGCGGGCCAACGUCUUGCGCUGGGAGGCCAUGGCGGCGGCCAAGUGGGAUAGCAGCAGCAGCAGCGGCAACGGCGAGGAGGGGUUCCCUUACGGGCGGUUGGGGAUGGGGCGCGGCGAGGCGCUGUGGCGGACGCUGAUGCGCGACCGCGGGUGGCACCGGGCCAGGGUCGAGGCGGGCUUCGGGCGGUACUUUGACGUGUGGCUCGGCCGCGCCGAGUACGCCGAGGGGGGAAGAAGAUCGGAGGAGGCGCGCAGGGAUUUCGUCAGGCCGUUUACCGACUGCUGCAUUAGCCGGUGCCACGGCCGGUCUUUUAUCAUCACGGAGAAGGGGUACAUCGGGAUAGCGCCCUUCAAGACCCGCGUGGGCGACAAGGUGGUGGCGCUGCAGGGCGGGGCCGUUCCCUUCAUAAUUCGGGAGCAGGAGGUCGAUUUUGCGGAGGGGAGUGGUGGGCAGCCGGAAGAUGCGCAGCAUGAGUUUGUGGGCGAGGCGUUUGUACUGGGGAUUAUGGAGGGGCAGGCCAUCGACGAGGCUUGUCCGGAAGACACCCGCGUGUUUGUUUUAAGCUGA